CCAAACGAUGACCAGCCUCCUAUUUUCUACUCGCAUCCUCGACUUGCGAAACCACAGAUCUUCGCCGAAAGUUUCCUAAUCAUCGAGACACCAUGGCCGCUCCCGUCGAGGUACAGUCUGUCACCGUGUGGAACACCCUCCGGCGCAGCGCAACGGAGAACAACAUACCCAUCAUUGUGGACUUCCACGCAGAAUGGUGCCAGCCCUGCAAGGUGCGUCUUCCGAUCCCUCCUGUCAUUUCCUCGCGCCGAUCAGCACAUCUCUUCCCUCAGUCCAUCGCGCCCAUCUACCACCAGCUCGCCAACCAGCACCACCGCGCCGUCUUCCUCCGCGUCGACGUCGACAGGAACCAGCCCAUCGCCGCGAAGUACAACGUCACCGCCAUGCCCACCUUCGUCGUGAUCCGCGGUGGGGAGGUCGUCGACACCCUCCGCGGCGCGGACGCGCAGGGGCUCGCGGCCAUGGUCGCAAGACAUGCGGCGGUGCCCCCACUGCCCCCCGCCGCGGAGCAGGCGAAGGCAGCUGGCAACGCCGCCUUCGCAGCCGGCGACCUCGCCACCGCCGCCGCGCACUACACGCGCGGCCUCGAGAGCGCACCGGACUCGGCCGUGCUGCACGCGAACCGCGCGCUCAUGCACAUCCGGCAGAUCCAGCUGCGGGACCCCGCGAGCAAGGCGGCGCGCAUGACGCUCCGCAGGCAGGCGAUGCGCGACGCGAACGCGGCGACGGACCUCGAGCCGCGCUGGGGGAAGGGGUGGGUGCGCAGCGCGGAGGCGGUGCUGCUGUCGGGGGACGACGAGGUGCUGGAGGAUACGCCGGCGGAGACGCGGGCGGAGAGCAAGCGCAUGAUGCUGUCGGCGGUGCUGGAGACGCUGUUCAAUGCGGCGAAUCUGUCGGAUGGGAAGCUUAGGGCUGAUGCGUUGGCGAUGAGGGAUGAUGUGCGCGCAAGGCUGGAGGCUUUGUCGUAGGUCAAUGCUGCGAGGCCUGUGGUACAUCGCGCUCGAAGGUCAACUUGUCAUGUGCACAAAAAGAGUAACUUCGGCCGCCUUGAACCUCGGAUUCGCUUCGCCCCAGGUGGGUUGGGAAGACAUCGUGGGGGUCCAAGACACACGGUAAUUAGAAGUGGGUACCCUCCUUCGAGGCGUGUUCCACCUCGGGAGGCAAUCGAUAACCGAGGGGGUGCCACGACUGCUUCGAGAGUCGCCCCGUCAUCAGCUGAAGUUGCAUAAUCCCACCGCACGACAGCUACUUGAUGUUCUACCCAUGUUUCCCAUUGGUUAUCUGAUGUACAAGUGUUUAUCUAAUUACAAUGCUUUCGACCUCGUAUUCGC